AUGGGAAUCGGUCCAGAGCUACCACCGCACCUUGCUCGCCCGCGAGCGUCGCCCGAAGCAGCCUCCAUCGGGCCCUCUCUCCCUUCCUCAUCCUCAUCAGCCGGACCCGCUCCACCUCUCGUUCCCGCCGCCGCAGACGACUCGGACGAUGACUACGGUCCGUCACUCCCGCCCGAACUGGCUGCUGAGCGGGAUGCGGGGCCAAGGAGCACCGCUGGGCCGCAGUUGCCGUCUGCUCAGGCGGGUCCUCAGCUUCCGCCUCACCUCGCCGCGAGACGACGGUCGUCGCCGUCCCCGCCCGUCGGGCCAAGUCGACCACCUGGCAUGGUAGGAGGAAAAGCGGUCGUCAUCGACCCGUAUGGCGACUUUGCUGUCUACGGACCUGCCAGCGACGAGGAGGACGAUUCGGUGGGACCGAUGCCGUUGCCGGCGGGAGCGAGCAACGACGACAACGAAGGUGCGAGGCUGUUCAGGGAGCGCGAGGAGCGGGAGAAGGAGAAGGAGCGGCAGGCAAAGGAGGGCAAGAAGUUGCAGCGGGAGGAAUGGAUGCUUGUCCCGCCAAAGGAGAUGGACUUGCUCAGCUCGAUCGAUACGACAAAGCUCAAGUCUCGCGGCUUCGCAACCGGCAAAGCCGCCCAGUCCGCCUCGACCAAGAAUUCCUCCUCCGAUGUCAACCUGUGGACCGAGACUCCCGCCGAGCGACAACAACGGCUGGCGGACGAGAUGAUGGGCAAGAAGCGGCGGGCGGAGAACGCGCCGGCGGAGGACGAGACGGACGAUGCGCGGAGGAAGAGGAUGCGGGACCAACAUCUCAAGGAUGAGGUCGAGCGGUACAACAAAUCGGCGCGCAACCAGUCCCUCGUCGACCAACACUCCAAGUCGUCAAAGUCUAAAGGCAAAGAUGCCGACGACGACCGCGCACCGACAGCCAUCUGGGACCGCGACCGCGACAUGGGCGUCGGAGGAAGGCUCAUGGAUGACCACCAGCGGGCGAAUGCGAUCAGAAACGCGAAAGGCUUGGGCGGGAAGUUUGGAGGAGGCGGGUUCUUGUAA